AUGGCUAGAGACAAAAUAUCCUCCCCCACAUAUACCUUUGGGAAGAUAAACCUGGAUGAUAUUUGUGGCAAUGGUUAUAUGGUGCAAAUUGUUUCAAGAAUUAGCAUGGGAAUACUUUUGGAUCAGAGUGUUAAGGAUGAUAAUUUCCUUAUACUUAUUGAGAUCGGGGUAGGGUUUGCUGCGUUUGGGGUCACCUUUAUCUUCCUAGGGGUAAUCCUCUUCUUUGAUAAAGGACUCUUAGCCAUUGGCAAUAUCCUGUUCUUGGCGGGCCUUGCAUUUGUAGUUGGCUUGGAACGCACAUUCCGCUUUUUCUUCCAACGCCACAAGGGAAAGGCUCUGGGGGAUUUUUUGGAGGAAAACCCAAUGUUUGCUGGGCUGGCCCUUAUUGGCAUGUGUGGAAAAUGUAGGUUUUGUAAUAUGUUAGGAAGUGUAUAUUCUGUUUUUGUAAUACCUUAUGGUCUGAUGCAUUUUCUCUUUAUGUGCAGCGGAUUCUUCCCAGUUGCAGUAAAUUUCUUGCGCCGUAUGCCAGUGAUCGGUCAGAUACUCAACCUUCCAUUCAUCAGUGGUUUUGUUGAUCGAAUAGGAGGGGACUCCAAGAUGAAUGUAUGACAAGGAGAAAAUGAAGAAUUGUAAGAAUCUUGAUAUUACAAAUCCAGUGACAGUGCAGUGUUCGAAGAGGAAAGAUAACCAAAAGUGUGCCAAGACCCAAAUGUGAGAAGAGUUUGAGAGAGAAUGUGUGUGAAUUAAGGGACUGUAUAAGGAACAUGUUUGACAUG